AUGAGUGAAGAAGAACCCACCAGAAAAGUGCUUCCACAACGGAGUACUCGUGGAAAGAGAGUAUCAGACCUCGAAGGUAUUGAUAAACAAGUGGAUGACGAGUUUUGGAAGAUGGAAAUGUUUGCAGAGGAAGCAGAGGAUCAAGGGUUUGAAGCUACGGAUGAAUUGAUGGAAGAACAAGCAGAUAUUGAAGAUUCCGAUAUUGACGAAUUUUCAUCGGAUGAGGAAGAAGAGGAAAGAGCAAAACAACUAGAGAAAAAAUUGGCAAAAGAAGAACGAGAAUCAAAAAAGAGAAAGAAUGUGUACAAGGACACGGCAUCAAAAAAGCCCAAGUCAAGCACACCUAAAACUCCUAGAUCGAAACCUGUGGUUGCUCCGUCCACUAUUGAAUCAAAAAGAUCUGCUAGAGCAUCCACAAAGAAGGCAACAGAGGCCAGUGAGGAAAAGCUGAAACAAACACAACAAAAAACACCAAAGAAGACCCCAAAGAAAGUAUAUGCCAUGCCAUCACAGGAGGAGUUGUUAGAGGAAGCUAAAAUUACAGCCGAAUACAACAAGAAUAGUCUUGCAAAAUUAGUACAAAUUGAAGAGGACAUUCGUAAAAAAGCUCGAGAAACAAAAACAAAGACUGUUGAUCCAGAUGAACCUCGAGUUGUUUUUUAUUCAAAAGAAGGAAAACAAUAUAUCACAUUUGUCAACAUGGAAAUUCCAAAAGAAAUUAACCAAAAAAACAUGUCUGAUACAGAGAUUGCAAGAUUUGACAUUCCAAAGGAGGAAAAACAAUUGAAAUGUGUCGUUACGGGGUUACCUGCGAAAUAUAUUGAUCCUGUAACAAAGAAACCGUUCGCUAAUGUAGAAGCCUUUCGAGCAAUACGAAAGAACAAAAAGCUUUAA